ACGGGGAGACUGCGCCUGCGCAGCUCGCCCCUGGGUCGGGUGUCAUGGCGGACGAGGCCACCCGCCGCAUCCUGAGCGGGAUCCCGCUGCUGCGGACCAACGCGGGCCCGCGGGACGCCGAGCGCUGGCGAGAGCGCCUCAAGGAGGAGUACCAGGCGCUCAUCAAGUACGUGGAAAAUAACAAGCAGGCCGACAACGACUGGUUCCGGCUGGAGUCGAACAAGGACGGAACGCGGUGGUUUGGCAAAUGCUGGUACAUCCACGAGCUUUUGAAAUAUGAGUUUGACAUUGAAUUUGACAUUCCCGUCACGUACCCGACGACGGCGCCAGAGAUCGCUGUGCCCGAGCUGGACGGCAAAACGGCCAAGAUGUACAGAGGAGGGAAGAUCUGUCUGACAGAACACUUCAAACCGCUGUGGGCACGCAAUGUUCCCAAGUUCGGCUUGGGCCACCUGAUGGCCUUGGGGCUGGGGCCCUGGCUCGCUGUCGAGAUCCCGGAACUGAUCAGCAAAGGGCUUAUCCAACACAAGGAAGGGCCGGACAAGAGCUAGGAGCUGACUGAAGCAUCGUAUGGGGGCUGGGCGCGCUGGUGUCUCUGGGGACCGAUGUUUCGUUGGUUGGAGACAAGAGGACCCAGCUCUUCAGCCAUCGGUCUGCUGGACCGUUAGCACUGCCUGAAUUAUUCCGGACUUUCAACAGGUCUCUCCCCUCCCUCCUUCCCCUGUCUCCCCAGAGCGUGCUCUCUCUCUCACUCUCUCUCUCUUGCUCUCUCUCUC